CCGCCCUCCAGAGCCGCGGGUUUCGUUUUCCAUUUCCCAGCUGGUUAAAGCUCCAGGUCGCAGGGCGUUUGCCGGGCUGACUUCUCAGAACGUCCCGUCCCUUGGGGCUGGCUCGCUGCUCAUGCGGCUUUAGGGUAGCGGGGCGAACGGUCCCGGGGAGCCUGGCAGCAUGACUGACGAGCAGCGGCGGAAUCUGCACGCGUUCCGAGACUAUGUCCGGAGGACCCUGGAUCCUACCCACAUCCUCAGCUACAUGGGCACCUGGCUCGGGGAGGAUGAGGUGCAGUACAUUCAGGCAGAGAAGAACAACAAGGGUACAAUGGAGGCCGCCUCGCUUUUCCUUCAGUGCCUACUGCAGCUCCAGACAGACGGCUGGUUCCGCGCCUUCCUGGACGCCCUGUACCACGCAGGCUAUUGUGGACUUUAUGAAGCCAUUGAAAGUUGGGAUUUCAAGAAAAUUGAAAAGUUAGAGGAGCACAGAUUACUUUUAAGACGUUUACAGCCAGAAUUUAAAGCCAGAAUUAUUCCAACAGAUAUACUUCCUGAAAUAUCUGAAUGUUUAAUUAAUCAGGAAUGUGAAGAAAUUAAGCAGAUUUGCUGCACUAAAGGCAUGAUGGCAGGCGCAGAGAAAAUGGUUGACUGUCUUCUUAAAUCAGAUAAGGAGAACUGGCCCAAGGCUUUGAAGCUUGCUUUGGAGAAAGAAAACAGCAAGUUCAGUGAACUGUGGAUGGCCGACGAAGGUAUAAGAAAUAUUGAAGCUAAAGCUGUUGAAGAUGAUGGAAUGGAAAUAUCCAACAUACAGAUUUUCAUACAGGAAGAGCCAGAGAGCCAGAACUUUAGUGCGAAUUCCCUUCUACCUUCAGAAGUGCCUUUUAAUAACUCAUAUAGCCCAUUGAAACCAAGAAAUUACCAAGUAGAGCUUGCUCUGCCUGCUAAGAAAGGGAAAAACACAAUAAUAUGUGCUCCUACUGGCUGUGGGAAAACCUUUGUGUCACUCCUCAUUUGUGAGCAUCAUCUGAAACAAUUUUCACAUGGACGGCAAGGAAAGAUUGUCUUUUUUGCUAAUCACAUCCCCGUGUACGAGCAGCAGGCAAACGUGUUCUCAAGAUAUUUUGAAAGACUUGGGUACAGAGUGGCGGGCAUUUCUGGAGCAAACGCUGACAGUAUCCCUGUGCAACACACGAUCGAGAACAAUGACAUCAUCAUCCUAACACCGCAGAUUCUUGUGAACAAUCUUAAAAAUGGAACCAUUCCGUCAGUGUCUGUCUUUACUUUGAUGGUAUUUGAUGAAUGCCAUAACACCAAUAAACACCACCCUUACAACCAGAUCAUGUUCAGUUACCUUGAUCAGAAACUUGGAGGCUCAGCAGACCCACUGCCCCAGGUCGUUGGGCUGACUGCCUCUGUUGGUGUUGGAGAUGCCAAAACCGUAGAGGAAGCCAUGUUUCACAUCUGCAGACUCUGUGCUGCCCUUGAUGCCUCCGUGAUAGCCACAGUCAGACACAACGUGGAAGAGCUGGAGCAGGUUGUUUACAAACCUGAGAAAAUUUCCAGGAAAGUGGAAUCACGAACCACCAACACAUUUAAGUCCAUCAUAUCUCAGCUGAUGAAGGAGACUGAGCACCUGGCAAAGAAUGUCUCUGCGGAACUUGGAAUGUUAUUUCAAAUUCAAAAUAGAGAAUUUGGCACCCAGAAAUAUGAACAGUGGAUCGUUGCCGUUCAUAAAGCGUGCAUGGUGUUUCGGAUGCCAGACAAAGAAGAAGAGAGCAGGAUCUGUAAAGCGCUGUUUCUGUACACGUCACAUUUGCGGAAAUAUAAUGACGCUCUCAUAAUCAGUGAGGAUGCCCAGAUGAAAGAUGCUCUGAAUUACCUAAAACACUUCUUCCAGGAUGUCCGAGCAGCUGCAUUUGAUGAGACUGAGCAAGAUCUUACUCGGAGGUUUGAAGAAAAGCUGGAGGAGCUAGAAAAGGUAUCCGUGGAUCCCAGCAAUGAGAAUCCUAAACUCAAAGACCUCUACUUGAUCUUACAAGAAGAGUACCACUUAAAUCCAGAGACAAAAACCAUCCUUUUCGUGAAAACCAGAGCACUUGUCGAUGCUUUAAAGAAAUGGAUUGAAGAAAAUUCUGCACUCAGUUUUCUAAAGCCUGGCAUAUUGACUGGACGUGGCAAAACAAACCAGGCAACAGGAAUGACACACCCAGCACAGAAGUGUGCACUGGAAACAUUCAGAGCCAGUGGAGAUAAUAUUCUGAUUGCCACCUCGGUUGCUGAUGAAGGCAUUGACAUUGCUCAGUGCAAUCUGGUCAUCCUGUAUGAAUAUGUGGGCAAUGUCAUCAAAAUGAUCCAAACCCGAGGCAGAGGAAGAGCGAGAGGCAGCAAAUGCUUCCUUCUGACCAGUAAUGCUGAUGUGAUUGAGAAAGAAAACGUGAACGUGUUCAAGGAAAAAAUGAUGAAUGAAUCCAUUUCAAGACUUCAGAUGUGGGAUGAGAUGAAAUUUGCAGAAACAGUUCGCUGUAUACAGACCGAUGAAAAAUUAACCAGAGAUAGUCAACACAAACCACAACCUGUCCCUGACAGAGAAAAUAAGAAACUGCUGUGUGGAAAGUGCAAGGCCUUGGCAUGUUACACAGCUGACAUACGAGUGGUUGAGAAAUCCCACUAUACUGUGCUUGGAAAUGCUUUUAAGGAGCGCUUUGUGUAUAAACUACACCCUAAACCAAAGAUCUACGAUAGUUUUGAGAAGAAAGCAAAAAUAUUCUGUGCCAGACAGAACUGUGGCCAUGACUGGGGGAUCCAUGUGAGAUACAAGGCAUUUGAGAUUCCAGUCAUAAAGAUAGAAAGUUUUGUGGUGGAAGACAUUGCAACUGGCGCACAGAACCGGCACUCCAAGUGGAAGGACUUUCAUUUUGACAGAAUACAAUUCGAUGCCACAGACAUGUCCAAAUGACCCAGGGCCUCCUCAGUCUUGCACUACAGGAAAUGUCAACGUCAAGUGAAGAAGCAGUUAACCAGGUUAUUUUUACCCAGGAUUGUUUGCACAGCUGUGAUGUUUUUGCAUAGGCUUAUACCGUAUUGAGUAUCAGCUGGCCUGGCCAGUUUGUUUUCAGCAGCUCUGUUAUACACAGAGGUGCACACAAUGAAUUUCAGCACUGAAUACUUUAUUCACCUACGGACUCAUAGCAUUUGGGUGGUAGAGUCUUAAAAAAAUCUCGCUUACAUUCUUUUCAGAACAGCCUGCCAAUUACUCAGUGAGUGGUGAACAGUGCUGAGGUUUCCUGUACUGCUGUCUUUGCUCAACCCACUGUAAACUGGCUUUUACCACAAUAAUCUACUGCAAUGUUCUUUUCAAGGCUGCUGGUGACCAACUGCCAAAUCCAAUGGGCCCUUCUUGGUCCUUGUAUUCGACCUUUCUGGCUUCUGUGCCAGUCACUCUCCUCUUUGGACUCUCUCUUCACUUCUGUCUCUUAGAUUUUUCAGGUCUCUUUUCAUUGGUUCCUCUUUGCUGACACUUUAAGUGUAGGUGAUUGCAAAGGUUCAAUAUGUACAUGUGUAUGUAUUAAAGUAACAUACUCACAUAGUCUUUAUAGUCAUGUGUGGCAUGGAAAAUUUUAAACACUGUGGAAGACGGUUUUUAGUAGUAAUGGCACAUCAGUGCUGCACGCUUGCUGAGAAGGUAUUUCUAGUCUGUUUAUUUACUAUAUAUCUUAGUUUGUUCCCUUUCCUCCUUUCAAUAGUCAUCUCAAGUUGUUUGUCAAUAACAGUCAAUUCUUAACACUUGGACUGUUUCCAGUUAGGUCCCCAAUAAGGUAGUUUAAUUUAGCUGUCUUUUCU